AUGUGUGGUUACUAUUACGCUAGUGCUGUUGGGAUAUCGCAACUACAAACAUUGAUUUCUGUGGAAAAGAUGGCUCUUCCGGAUUCGUAUCUGCAAACAUUCCAGCAUACCUACGAAGCCUCGUUGAAAAAUAUGCAACCAAUAAGUGUUUUUGUGCUAAAUCCAGGAGAUUUGCGAGAUCCGCAAAGGCUUGGAACUAUAAAGCAAAUUGUGAAAGAUUAUGAGAAUGCCUUAUACAGCUAUGGACCAGAAAGCACUUUCUUCUGGAUACAAGCUUACGAGGAGUUUUUGAACUUUUAUGGUGAAACAGAAGACUUUACCUAUGAAGAAAUGCCGACAUUUUUCAAAUCAGCCACCUAUUUCUAUCUUUCAUCUUUUGUAAAAUACAAUGAAACUGCAUGCGUGGAAAAUAACCCUUUAUGUAUAACGUCAUUCUUCUUCAUGACAAAUUUUCACGAGCAUAUCAAAUUCCACGAACUAAUCCCAGCGGUGAGGGAAUGGCGUGAAAUCGCUGCCAGAUAUUCUGACUACCAAGUGUACGCCUACUCAGAGCAUGCACCUUUUGUUGAUCAGGUAAGCUUGAUAUGCAAGAUAAGAGGUGCUUACCUAGAUGCUUAGAC